AUGAACCACACCAUAAAAACUUUAAAAGUUCGCGAUCUGGAUGAGUGUGAGUUGAGGUGUUACUACGAGCACAAUUGUGUCAGCGUUAAUUUUGAAAACAAAAUGGUUGGAAAUGGAAAAUACAGCUGUGAAUUGAACAAUUCUACACACGGAGAACACGAUGAAGACUUUGUGGAGGCACCAAAUUUCCUUUACCGCGGAACAAACGUAAGAUCAUUAAAUUUUAACGUUAUCCAGUCUCCGAGCCUAUUAAUACCAUAUGGAGCUCACCCUUUGGGCUUGACUGUGUUACAAUAUUUUGCAAAGAUCAAAAAUUAAGGAGAUAGUUUCUGUUUGUGAUAACUGCACGGGAUCAUGUGAAUAUUAUGGAAUUUGACGCGCUGAGGGCCGGGUACGUCAUUUAUGAUGGCAGCCGAGUUGGCCGUCAUAUUGGAUGUCAUUGAAAAUUCAGGUUUAUCGCAAUGGAGUAAACGCAAACCAUCUUUCUUUUGAACCCUCCCCCCCGACUAAAUCUGACACCUACACUAGGUCUCUUCCUUUCGCCAGCCAUUCUCAUUUACUCUCUGAAACGCAAGUUUUUCUCCCUAGACGGUUUUGUUUCAACUGUAGCCGUUUUUGAGAAAUUUCACUUUAUUAUUAUUUUAAGAUCGAAAAUUCUUGUAAUUACCUCUUAAACUGCAAGUGCCUCCCAAAAGAAAGAGUUUUUUGCUACUUAAAUAACAUGAACAAUUUAAUUUAACUUGUUAAACACCUUACAACAACGCCUCCUUAUGUAUGUAAGACGGGCUAAUCCCUAAACCCGACGCUUAGAGUUGGGCUCGGACUGUCAAUCUUUACUCAUUUUCCUUGAAUCAUGAUAAGGCGGACACCUCUAGCAAAGGUUUCGAAAAGGCUCAGAAGCAUAAAACAAUAUCUCUUUUCCAUAAUAUAUUCCCCAGAAUCCUUGUGGUAGUUCUCCAUGCAAAAAUAACGGGACUUGUCAAUCAGGAUUUACCAAGAAAGGAUAUCACUGCUUGUGUCGAGGCUGGACAGGUGCAAAAUGCCAAAUGGGUAGGUCUGAAAAAUGGAAUACAUGAACGCAGUAGUUAUGAAACCACGCAAGCUGUACCGCACUUAAAAGGAAGAAACCACAUGUGAGAACAUUAAUUUGAAAAAAAAGUAUAUAAUCCACUGUAAUAUUAGCCCUGCCAUUGUCGACAAAACCAUCACAAGCGCAUCAAGCGCAGGACCUUCCAGACGGAAGCAGCAUUUUCAGGAGCUUGUGCAUUGAUGAAAGAGUUUUCCUUUCACUUUGGAGUGGAUUCAGGAUUUGCGGCACGUUUCUCUUUACUUUCACCUUCGUUUAGCCUAAAAUUCUCGAUCUGAGUAAUAAUUUGAAGUUGAGUUAAUUUUCGGUGGACUGUCAACCUGUCGUGUAAACGAGACAGUUCCACUGUCCAGUCAUCGUUUUCUUUGCAAAGUAACUGAAUGAGUCUUAUAAUAACUAUCUUCACCUAGAUAUUAACGAAUGUGAUGAAAACAGUCACGAGUGUAGCCAGAACGCAGAUUGUACAAACACAAAGGGAUCUUACAGAUGCAACUGCAAGACUGGAUUCUAUGGAGAUGGAUACAACUGCACAGGUAUCUCAGUGUUUACUUGGGUCCUUAGUUGUUGUAAACAGUUCAGAAAAGAUCUAACCAUCAAUAAACUGCAAAAGAUCAUCCUCUUAGGAGCGGCACGUAUACUAAGAAGAUUUCUGUCCAUCCAGUAAAAUAUCCCUCUAGCAACUCAGGACCAAGGAAUGGGCCAGUUUCUAACAGACUACAAGGAGCAACAACAAUAAUAAUAAUAAUUAAUUAAUUAAUUAAUUAAAGAGCCAGUAUCCAGAAGAAAAGGUAGAAGAGUGGAUUUUAAAUCCAGCGUGCUGAUGGAAGUGGAAAGCUCAGUUAUAAGCGAGGUAUUAUUUCUCUGGCCAAGAAGACGAAAAGGGGAGCUUGUCGCAGAAAUAUUAUGCUAGUAUACAGUAUAUAGGGAGAGAAGACUUAAAAUAAAGGGUGGCUUAUUCACUGUCUUCCGCUUUAUAAAGAAUAUAAACGCAAGUGAGAUGUAAGUAGUUAAUUCACACUAUUACAACACUAUUCUAGAUAUCAACGAAUGUCAAGAAGAACUGAGAUGUGGAAAGAACGCAGCUUGCACGAACACUGAAGGAUCUUUCAGAUGCACCUGCAAUAUUGGUUACUAUGGAGACGGAUACAUCUGCACAGGUAUACCACUGUUAGAGCAAACUUCCCAAGACUGAAAGCAGUUGCAAGCGAGGGUAAAAGACAUCACUGAUUUUCUGAUCACCAUCAGAAAAACAGCCUGAAGUAUGAUGAUGUUUACCGGUUUGAGGUUGCCAAUAGUUCCUGGUAAAGAAAAAAAAAACGGCCAUGCAAUAAAGUGUUAACAAUAACUGAUGCGCUAGAUGGAGAAUUUUUCUUCUUUAGCUUUUGUAAAAAAAACCCACUGCACUGAACACCAACGAAUCUUCUAAAGUCUGAGGCAUUGGCUGCUUUGACAGUUAUGAUCGUUAAUCACGUAAAUCGUAAACUUUUAAACAAAACAUCAUAUGAGAAAGGACUGGUUUGUUUUUUAGGGGAGUUAAGGAAAACUCUUUAACAACUGCCUCUGGCAACAUAGUGUCUCAUCGCUAGCAGAAAUGUUGAUCAGUCUGAUAUUUUUCUGACGAGGUAAAAACUGGUUUGGCUGCUCUUCUGAUUUAAUUCUUCUCGAUCUUAAUAAUAAUUAUGCUUAUGAAAAUUUCGCUAUUAAAUUGUCUCCUAUGGCUUCUCUUUUAACACGAACAAAUUGAUUAUCUCACUGUCACAGUCAUCUCACUCUCUGAUCUUAAAUAUCUUUUGUUCUCAAACUAGAGUGUUACACAAUAUUUGACUUCGAAGACCACGAUUUGUCAAAUUGGACUUUGAAUGGUACAGCAUUCAAUAAUCAGCCAACAUACGGGAAUAACACAUUAGCAAGGGGGUUUGAGUAUGGAAGCAACUACAAAGGGGAUUGGUGGAUUGGUACCUACGAGAAUCGGUCCAGUCCCUCUGAACCGUUUGGGGGACAGCAAGGUGAUGGUCCUCAAGGCUCAAUGACGUCACCCAGUUUUCAGAUUACUGGAAAGUUGCUUACCUUCCUGAUUGGAUCAGGCUGCGACAAGAGUUUUCCAAACCUUCGUGCCGAGCUUAUUAUUGGUGGGGAAGUGGUUCGCAAUAAGACGACAAAGGCUUGUGAUGAAGCUAUGAAAGAGGAAAGCUGGAAUGUAACAGAUUACGCUGGUAAAAAUGCCCAGUUGCGUUUGGUUGACAAUUCCUCAGGGGACUGGGGUCACAUCAAUUUUGAUCACUUACAAGCUUGCCAUAAACUCAUUUCAGAUAUGGAUUCUUGA